CAAAUCUAAUUGCUUUUGGAAUGACCUUUCCAAUGGUGUAUUUACCCCUCCUCUCUCUGUUGCAGUCCUCCUAUCAGGGUUUGAUCCAGAGUGAAGGGAUGCUGGGACAUUUGGUGAGAGGUCUCAAGACUGACAACCAAGAGCUGCAGAAACACUGUGCAUCAGCCAUAUUCAAGUGUGCGGAGGAGGAAGUGACUCGAUCGCUGGUACACUCUCAUGAUGGACUCUCACCACUGGCUGCACUACUCAAGGUCACUGACAACAAGGACCUCCUCAUAGCCGUGACUGGGGCUGUAUGGAAGUGUAGCAAGAGCAAGGAAAAUGUCAUAAAGUGCUGGUGAAUGUGGUGGGAGCUCUGGGAGAGUGUGCUUCUCGAUAUGCUGACAGUAGAGUGGUCAUACGCAAGGUUGGUGGGGUAGCCCCUCUCGUUCAGCUACUCACAGGCACUAAUCAACCACUCCUCAUCAACACC